CAAACCCGAGAGAGGCAGAGGCAAAGCGAAGGCAAACAACGGGGAGAGAGAGGGGGAGAGAGCGAGCGAGAGAGAGAGAGAGAGAGAGUGCGCGAGCGAGCGAGCGAGCGGAGUUGGACUCCUGCGCUCUGCUCCAUCGAUCUGGAGGCGCACAGAGGAUCUUCUACCGGACUCUGGACACAGUGACGGAGCUUUGGGCUUAUUUUAAGCGGAUGCCAAAGGUGCAUUCGCCGCUUGGAUCAUGUUACUGGGCUACUUGGUAGUGGGUGUGUUCUGCCUGUGGCGCUCUGAUGUCACCACCGCUUACGUGUUUCAAGCCACGCGCCCGGGGGAGGGAGGAGGGGACAUCCCACCGGUCCAACCCAAAGUCAUCUCAGAGUGGGUCAGCACAGCGGGAUCCUGCAAGGGGAGGUGCUUUGAGCUGGAGGAGGUCAAACCUCCGGGAUGCAGAUGUGACAAUCUGUGUAAAACCUACUACAGCUGCUGCUUCGACUUCGACGAGCACUGCCUGAAAACAGAGGGAGGCUUCGAGUGCACGGCCGAGCGCUGCGGGGAGGAGAGGAACGACAACCACGCCUGCCACUGCUCCCAGGACUGUCUGCAGAAAGGAGACUGCUGCUCCAACUACAAGUCGCAGUGCCAAGCCGAGGCCUCUUGGGUGGAAGGAGACUGUGAGGAGAUCCAGAGCGCAGAAUGUCCUGCAGGCUUCAUCCGGCCUCCGCUCAUCAUGCUGUCGGUGGAUGGCUUCAGAGCCUCCUACCUGAGGAAGGGCAAAGCCGUCAUGCCCAACAUCCAUAAACUCCGAAGCUGUGGUACGUCAGCGCCCUACAUGCGACCAGUCUACCCAUCCAAGACCUUCCCCAACCUAUACACGCUGGCCACCGGCCUCUACCCGGAGUCUCACGGGAUCGUGGGGAACACGAUGCACGACCCGGUGUUCAACGCCACCUUCAGCCUCCGCACCAGGGAGAAGCUGAACCACCGCUGGUGGGGCGGGCAGCCGAUCUGGAUCACGGCCGAGAAGCAGGGAGUGAAGGCAGGAACGUUCUUCUGGCCUUGGGUGAUUCCUCUGGAGAGGCGGAUUCUGACCAUACUGCAGUGGCUGCGUCUGCCCGAUGACGAGAGGCCCUACGUCUACGCUGUCCACUCCGAGCAGCCCGACACCUUCGGACACCGGCUGGGACCGCUGAGCAGCGAGGUGAGGCCCCCGGCCGGCGCGCAGCCGGGCCGGAGCGACGCAGCGUCUCACUCUUGUGUCUCUCAGCUGGACAACCCUCUGAAGGAGAUAGACAACAUCAUCGGGCAGCUGAUGAACGGCCUGAAGCAGAUGAACCUGCACCGCUGUGUCAACAUCAUCAUCGUGGGAGACCACGGGAUGGAGGAGGCCCACUGCGACCGCACCGAGUUCCUCAGCAGCUACCCCCUCAACAUCGACGAGAUCACGCUGAUCCCCGGCUCGCUGGGCCGGAUCCGCCCCCGCGACCCCCGCUCGCCCACAUAUGACCCACACCUGGUGGUGGCCAACCUCACAUGUAAAAUGCCGACUCAGCACUUCAAGCCGUACCUGAAGCAGCAUUUGCCCAAGAGGCUCCACUACGCCAACAACCGCCGCAUCGAGGACGUCCACCUGCUGAUGGAGAGGAAGUGGCACAUCGCCAGGAAAAUGCCAGAAAAACUGCGGUCUCGCUGUGGUUUCUUUGGCGACCACGGCUUCGACAACAAGAUCACCAGCAUGAGGACCAUCUUCAUGGGCCACGGGCCGAGCUUCAAGUUCCAGAAAACCGUGCCGGAGUUUGAGAACAUCGAGUUGUACAACGUGAUGUGCGACCUGCUGGGCCUCAAGCCGGCUCCCAACAACGGCACCCACGGCAGCCUCAACCACAUGCUCCGGGAGCCUCCGUUCCAGCCCAGCAUGAAGGAGGAGCUGACGCCACCAGAACCGGCGCCUGCGCCGGCCUCGGACCCCGGCCCGCGCGACCUGGGCUGCAGCUGCGACCACGAGAACAAAGUGGAGGAGACGCCGGAAGCUUUCAGUCCGGCUCCCGACGGACUCUACAGCUACAACAGCAGCCAGCUGCCGUUCGGCCGUCCAGCCGUGAUGUUCCACACUCGCUACAGCCUCCUCCAUCACGUGGAGUUCAUCAGCGGAUACAGCACAGAGCUGCACAUGCCUCUGUGGACGUCCUACACGGUGCCACGCCAGGAGUACGUGACUCCAGCUCCAGAGGUGUCUCCUGAUGAUCAGUGCAUCCGAAUGGACCCCAGAGUGUCGGCCGAUCACAGCCAGAGCUGCAGCACCUACAACCAGAACGGUCGCCUCAGCCCCGGCUUCCUCUUCCCCCCAGGCAUGGCCUCAUCUGCUGAGUCCAGAUACGACGCCUCUCUCAUCACCAACACCGUCCCCAUGUAUCCAGCCUUCAAGAGGAUGUGGAACUACCUGCAGGGGGUGCUGCUGAGGCGCUUGGCAGAGAACAGCAACGGGAUCAACGUUCUGGCAGGGCCCGUGUUCGACUACAACUACGACGGCCUCCGUGACACCACAGAGGAGAUAAAGCGGUUUUCACCCGACAACCCUCCCGUGCCCACGCACUACUACAGCGUGUUGAGCAGCUGCCAGGGCCUCAACCAGACCGUGGAGGAGUGCGACGAGGAGCUGCAGGUGUUGGCCUUCGUGCUGCCUCACAGACAGGACAACAGUGAAGCCUGCAACAGCCACGAGGACGAGUCGCUGUGGGUGGAGGACCUGCUGAAGCUGCACACGGCACGGGUACGAGACGUGGAGAUCCUGACGGGCCUGGAUCUCCUCCGAGCCACCAACCUCACCUACACCAGCACCCUGAGCCUCAAGACCUACCUGCACACCUUCGAGAGCGACGAGUAGACGCCGGGGAGACGGACGGCGCCGCUCGCACAGCAGUGCGUCCGCCUUCCUCUGCAGGAACUCUGUCCACACGCGCUUUGAAAAGAAAAGAGGUUUUGCAAACAGAUUAUUAGAAUAUUGAACAUUAGCCAUGAAAUCCGAAGUAGCUGCGGAGCGCGGAGGCUCCUGCCAGCAGUGUUCAUCGCUUGUUGUAAUCACUAACCUGACCAAUGAGGCGCCGGUUGCAUCCACUAACACAAUGUUAACAGAAGCUGUGACUCAGCUGGUCCAUGAACAGACGCUACACUGAUAUAAGAAUAUACAAUAUGUUUGGAAAGUCAGUAAAACAUGAGAAGAC